GGGUUGGAAAUGACACCUCCUGUGGUCUCAUUAGCCCCAAAACUGCGCUCGACCCGGCUGCGUCCAGGGUCUCUAGUCCCCCCACUAGAGACUGAGAAGGUGCCUCGCAAACGAGCAGGGGCCCCAGUUGGUGGGGGUCCUGGGCUGGCAAAGCGGGGCCGCCUACAGCCCCCAAGUCCCCUGGGGCCUGAGGGUUCGGUAGAGGAGUCUGAGGCUGAAGCCUCAGGUGAGGAGGAGGAAGGGGAUGGGACCCCACGCCGACGUCCUGGUCCCCGCCGGCUUGUUGGGACCACCAACCAAGGGGACCAGCGCAUCUUGCGCAGCAGUGCCCCUCCCUCCCUGGCUGGCCCUACUGUUAGUUACAGAGGCCGCAAGGCCAAGACGUGAGUGGGCUGCCCCUCCACCUAGGCUUUCCACCGUGGCCGCUCCCUCCAUGACCAGGCCUGACUCUGUUAACCACUACUUGAAGUCUUGAGGGGGAAAGCCUCCAGGGAGACAUAGGGGCCUUCUCCCUUCUUCCCACCAAAGUAGGGGGUAGGCAACUGGUUGUCAUGGAAAUGGGGAUCAUCACAGUCCCCCUCCCCUUCACCCCACGUGGCUGGGCAGUGUUAAGGGUGGCAAGAUAGUCUCUGUCCCCACCCCCUUGUACUUGAUUCCCCAGCUGUCUUUCACAGCCCCCCACCCUUAGGGGAAAGGGGAGGGGCUUCUCUACAAUGAGGUUUUUUUCUUUUUUUCUUUUUUUCUUUUUUUUUUUUUUUUAAGAAGAAAAAAUAAUAAACUUAGUUUCUGUACGAGCAUCCGCGUAAGGAGGCUUCUGAUUUUCUGGUCUGGUGGAGGGUUGGGUGGGAACUUGGGCAUCGUUUUUCUCUUCCCUCUUGCUCUUGCAAAGAUCCUAGCACCUGAUCUCUAGCCUAGGACUGUAUAUUCCAAGUAGAAACCUACCCAAGAAAAGGGAAGAUUGGUGAAUUUGAUGUGGUAGGGUGCCUUUCCCUAGUCAGUUUGAAGUCACAGACAUUCUUUUCCUCCUCUCUUUUCCCUCGGUUCCUAGACGUUCCUCAGAGCUCUUUGAUGCCUCAGACCUUUCCCUUUUAUCCCUCUUGCUCAGGUGCUUCCUUUCACUCCUUUUUCCAGAGGGCAGGCGUCCUAGCUCCAGUUGGUCCAUCCCUUGGGCACUCCCCUGCUCUUCAUCUAGCCAAACUGGUUUGAGUCAGCCACACCCCUUCCCAGCUCCCUGAGCUCUUCAGGUGGUGGCUGGCCACUCAACCCCACCCCUGGGCUUGGCUUGGAGCCCUGAGUCAGCUCCAUCACCACCCAAGCCAAACCAAAGCUGAGGCAGGAGCCGAAACUCAGAGUCCCUCAAAGCCUAUAGCCAGGUGAUGGAGGACGAGGAGAAGGCAGUGGAGAUCUUGAUGGGCAACACGGAAGCUGCUCAUCCUCCAUCCCCCAUCCGCUGCUGCUGGCUCCGCCUCCGCUGCUUGGCAGCUACUAGCAUUAUCUGUGGCUGCUCUUGCCUGGGAGUCGUGGCUCUGGUGUUUGCCAUCAAGGCAGAAGAGCGGCAUAAAGCAGGCCGGUCCGAGGAGGCAGUGCGCUGGGGGGCCCAGGCCCGGAAAUUCAUCCUGGCCAGCUUUGCUGUCUGGCUUGCUCUCCUCACUCUGGGUCCCCUGCUGCUGUGGUUGCUCUCCUACGCCAUCGCUCAGGCUGAGUGACCCUGGAUGGCCUCUGCUGAGAGCCAGCUGAGACCUCCUGGAUCCUGCAAUGCGGCAUUGCUAAGGUCCUGUGACAGCAGUGGUUGGAAGGAUCCUGGUUGGAAGGAUGGGGACUCUCAAGGGGCUUCGGAAGAGCUCUUCUAGCCCUUUAUAAAAGGAGGGCAGCAGCUGAGACUGAUGAGAGGAGGGCAGCCCGCUCUGUUCUUUCAGGGCCUCCCAUCCCUAUCUCCCCCACCCAAGCCCACCCUAGGCCUCUACCCAGCGGGAGGGGUUGAAGACCAGGCCUGGUUUUAUUAGAAUUCAUUUUGUAAUAAAAGCCUUUUUUAGUGGUGAAAUACUCCUGUCUAAUUGUUCUCCCCCUGCUUUACUUUGGGCCCUUGGUGAGAGCCAGCCUGAACAUCUGACUGAUAGCAGAAGCCAGCAUCCACCUCAUCCAGGAGCUUCAAGAGUAGGAAACAAUUUUUAUUUUCUUCUUCUGGAAGUUUUCCUUCUUGGAAAGACCCCAGCUUCUCCCUUGUACGUCCACAGAGACUCUGAGGCCAAGAGUAGUAGCAGCUGCUACUAUUUAUGACUUACUAUAUUCUGGGCUGUGUUCUAAGCACUUUAUAUUUCUUUUUUUUUUUUUUUGAGACGGAGUCUCGCUGUGUCACCCAGGCUGGAGUGCAGUGGCGCGAUCUCGGCUCACUGCAAGCUCCGCCUCCCGGGUUUAUGCCAUUCUCCUGCCUCAGCCUCCAAGUAGCUGGGACUACAGGCGCCCGCCACCACGCCCGGCUAGUUUUUUUUUUGUAUUUUUAGUAGAGACGGGGUUUCACCAUGUUAGCCAGGAUGGUCUCGAUCUCCUGACUUCGUGAUCCACCCGCCUCGGCCUCCCAAAGUACUGGGAUUACAGGCUUGAGCCACCGCGCCCGGCCAGCACUUUAUAUUUCUUAACUUCCUCCAGUUUUCAGUCACUCAGUAGGUAUCUAUACUAUCAUAUCCAUCAUAUGAAUAUGUCACAUAUGAUAGGUACCAACUAUCUGAGUGAAAACUGGAGGAAGUGUUCUAAAAUGACAGUGUUCUCAUUUUAUACUUGAGGAAAUAAGACAGAUUUGCACAAGGUCCUCAGCUACUAAAUGGUAGAGCUGAGACUGAACCCAAACAAUUUUGAUUCCAGAGCUGAGAGAGGAGUGAAAGAGUUGGGUAACAGCAACAACCAUCCUGUACAUGGAGAUUUGAAUGAUUAAAAUGGAUUUUCAUAUCUUUUA